AUGUCGGUACGCCAGACAAGGAGCAAGGCCGCUAAGGCCGCUCAAACAGGUUCAGCUGUGCCCGGCGUCGAAAUCAACGAUCCCGUAUCUGCGACGCCCAACGGCUCUGCCAUGAACGGCAACGGAUCUGCCCACCGCGGACCGGCACGCUCGGAAGACGCGGAGAAGGAGAACAUUUUCCUUUUCUGGCCCAAUAUCAUCGGCUACUCGCGAAUCGUCCUCGCCGUCGCAUCUCUCUACUACAUGCCACUCCAUCCGCGCACAUGCUGCAUCCUCUACUCGAUAUCGUGCCUCCUCGAUGCCCUCGAUGGCUACGCCGCUCGAUGGUUCGAACAGUCGACCCGAUUCGGCGCCGUCUUGGACAUGGUCACGGACCGAUGCACCACAGCCUGCCUCCUCGUCUUCCUUUCCUCUGCUUUCCCUCGAUGGGCUAUUCUCUUCCAGGGCCUUAUCUCUCUUGAUCUCGCUAGCCACUACAUGCAUAUGUAUGCCAGUCUUGUUGUUGGUGGCUCUAACAACAGCCACAAGAACAUUGACAAGUCCCAGAGCAAGAUCUUGAACUUGUACUACACGAACAGGACUGUCUUGUUCGUCUUCUGCACCUUCAACGAGCUCUUUUUCAUUGCGCUUUACCUCCUCUCUUUCUCAUCGCCCCUCCUUUCGCCUUCCCUCCUCAAGUCCGUCGGCGAUGAUAAGGUGGCAGCCGACAUCCAUGCCGGCGCCCAGGUCAACUCGUCUCUUCUUAACCAGAUCUUCCCCGACCCUUACAGCGCCGCGGCUCUCGAGUUUGCGCGAGCCAACAAGAUGGAUUCCACCGUCCCGUGGAUCAUCGCCGGUAUCAGCUUCCCCAUCAUGGCCGCGAAGCAGAUCAUCAACGUCAUUCAGCUCGUCAAGGCGAGUAAGUGGUUGGCUGAGGUUGACGUCCAGCAGAGGAAACUGCAGGGUCUGCCCAGGAAGAAGAAGACUGCCUAA